UUAGGUCACGCCCCCCCCUCUCCCGGCCUGGCCCAGGCGCCCAUUGUGCGGGAGCGACGUGAGUGGCGGCCUCAGGGAGAGUGGCAAGGGGAGAGCAGCAGAGAAGCAAGAGAGAGGCAGGGAGCGAGAGAGAGGGAGAGUUCAGCAAUCAUCAGGCAACGGCAGACUCUGAGAGAGACACACAAGCAAGAGGCGAGGGGGUGGGGAGUAAGUCAAGCAAGCAAGGAGGCAAAAGGGAGAGUAAGACGGGGGAGAGCCAGGCCAGGAGAAUAUCAGCGGAGAAGAGGGACGAGAGAGAGGAGAGAGACAAGGGAGAGGAAAGGGGAGAGAGACUCAGUGGCCCCCGGGCGCACAGACGCAUCGAGCCUGGCCGCAGGGGGGAGAGCUUCACCACCGCCGCGGCUCCGCUCGUCGCCGCCGCCGCCGCCUCGGCCCUGGUCUCCUCAUCCUGCCUCACAGGGCCGCCUCCACCAUCCCCUUCAACUCCUCCAGGAGUGAAGACCUUCUCAGCAGCAGCAGCGAGGCAGCAGACGAAGCCUAUCUCCUCCAAGAUCUCUCCCCCCGCUCCAGCUGUGGUUGCACGUAGUUGUGGUAGACACACGUGUGUGUGUUUGUUAUUGUUGUUGCUGUUGUUCGGCUGGGCCCGCGUGGACACCUUGAUAGACAGUAAUCGCCUCUUGUCUCUCAGGCAGGAAGACAGGCGCAGGGAAGGAAGAUAGACAAGGCAGACAGUGGGAACAGGAGGAAGACAGAGCAGAGAAGUAUAUAUUGUUUUGUUGCUGGGAGAACUGAGCCUCUGUAGGCCUCGGGGGUGGGUGGCUUUGUUGAUUGGGGUGGUGGUCUCACGGUGGUCAUGCCGGCCGGUCGCGUGUGACGGUGCGAGGAGGUGAGGAGGCGAGGAGAAGGAGGAGGAGGUGCGCCACCACCACCACCACCGCCGCGAUGUUGUCACAAAUGUCAUCAUCUCCACCCGGUCCACCUCCAUUGCGUCCGGGCAUUCACAUGAUAGUGUGGAGCAGCGUGGAGCCUCACGCCGUGCCAGUGUUCCCGUGGCACUCCCUCGUGCCCUUCCUGGCCCCCAGCCAGCCAGAGCUGUCCUUGCUGCCUGUGCGAACGCACCAAGCCGUUAACCAACUGGAGCAUGGCUUGCUACCCAGAUACCAGUCGGUCGGCCAGUCGGAGCAUGGCCUUUUGCAAAGGCACCACGUCGGCGGACAAGACCACGGCUCGCUGGCUGCUGAUGUCGACGGAGAUGGGAGCCCUCCCUCCGCUUCUCUCCAACCCGAGGAUGAAACGACCCCAAAGCAGGAGAGGAUUUCACACCCCCACGAGGAGCCCUCAGCCUCUCCUAGUCCCGCCCAGGGCUCGGGCGCGAGCAGCAGGCCCCGUUACUAUAGCGACGUGCCCUGCGGCCUGCGCGAGACCGAGAUCAACAGCGAGAGCGACAGCGACCACGACGAGGCGUUUCUUCCGGCUGCGUGCCCCACUCAGCCUCCCCCACCCCCCAUCGCUGCCGUCAAGAGAAGGACGCAAUCGCUGGGAGCUCUGCCCAAGGACCGGCUCCCCCAGAAAGGGAGGCCAAGGGUUCGCGCAAGAGGAGAAGGAGCACGUGCGGAGGCCCAUGAAUGCGUUCAUGAUCUUUAGCAAGCGGCAACCGCGGCCUGGUGCACCAGCGUCACCCCAACCAGGACAACCGCACGGUCAGCAAGAUCCAUGGGCGAGUGGUGGUACGCCCUGGGAGCGCGCGAAGAAGCAGCAGUACCACGACCUUGCCUCGCAGGUGAAGGAGGCGCAUUUCAAGGCGCACCCCGACUGGAAGUGGUGCAGCAAGGAGCGGAAGAAGUCCUCGGGGUCUGACCCCAAGACUCUCGCCAUGGCCGCGACCUCCUCAAUGGCAGCCUCGGAUGGUUGCACUGACAGCGGAGGCCUCGCGCUGCUCGCAGAGCAUCCGGACAGAGAGGUGGCGGAGCGGCCGGAGCACGGCGGCGACCACGCGCACGCCGCUCCGGCCUGCGACAAGGAAGGGGGGCGACCCGGCGAGGCCCCGGAUCAGGGGAUUGGGGGGGGGUCCCGUCCCGCACGGCGUCGCGGGGGCCACGCAGGAGCGAGAGAGGGGGGGCGGCCGCUCCCCCGCCGACGCGCACGUCGCGCCUGCACGUCGCGAGCUCCGCCGUGGCCAUGCGCGUGUCGUGGGGCGACGCUCGCCUCGCCGGCGCCCCUCCCUCCCUGCGUGUCCUCGGAGCCGACCUCGGGGAGGGGGCAGGCGGCGGCGCAGGCGGCGUCUGCCGUGGCGGCGGCGGCGGCGGCGGAAGGGACGGGGCAGGCCCCGGUCGGCUCCUUCCCCUGCGCCGUGAUGCUGAGCGGGGUUCGCCCGCAGGAUUGUUUGACGCUCGUCAGGCAAGUGGAUUUGUCCAGGACCGGCGUAGGCGCGCCCGGCAGCGCCCACGCCGCCCCCGCCGGUGGCGGGAGCGGCGCGGGCGAGCGGCCGAGCAUCCUGGUGGAACGUCCUCCAGCGGCCCAAGCUGGCGCUGUAUUCCUUCGACAGGACCGACCGUCGUUAGCAACGUCCUGGAGCGGGCGAGGGCGGUGUGCGACGGGCACGAGGGCUUGCGCCUGGGGCCCGCCGAGAGAGGCGGUGCGUGCCUCACGGACGGGCAGAGCGAGGCGAGUGCCGCCGCCGAGCGGGCCAGCGUGCUCAUGGAGAGAAGGGACGCCCUCCAGCUGCCAGGCGCUUUGCGGACACGCAGCUCGCCCGACGGGAACGGAAUCGGGAAGGCCUCUUUCGUCUCCUUGAUGAGGGCCACGAGGGAAGGGGGUGCGGAGCAGGAAGACAAGGUCGCCGCCUCCGCUGCGGCCGCUGUGUUUGCGCGGCCCGAGCUGUUCCAGUCGCAGGCGAAGGCUACCCCUUGCGCGACGCUGCCCGUGACGUUAGACAGAGGAGCUG